CCCGUCGCCCCAACAAAACCUCCGAGCAGAUCACGACCUCCGCUAGCUUCGCCAUCCGCUUAACCACACCACCCUACCUUUCCUCCCCUCUUACUCCUUCAGCACUCCGCUAGCCCCAAGCUUUGCUCCCCCUCCCCCUCCCCCUCCCCCCAGAUCUCCGACGCUCCUCCACGCGCCGCAGAUCAUCCUUCCCCCGAUCGCGUCUCGAUGGCCCUCCGGGCCGGUUUCUCGAUCCCCCGGACCUGAAUUCCAGCUCCCCGCUUCGUGAUGGAUGCCGUGGAGAUGGAGCUCGCUGCGGUGAGGCAUGGAUGCAAGGUCUGCGGGAAGAGCUUCUCGAGCGGCCGGUCGCUCGGGGGGCACAUGCGGUCGCACCUCUCGCUCGGCGAGGCGGCGGCGGAGGGUGACGCCGCCGAAGAGCUGGCGCGUGCUUCGGCGGACGGUGGGCGGAGCUCCAGCGGCGUGGUCGGGUACGGGCUGAGGGAGAAUCCCAGGAAGACGCGGCGGCUGUCCGACUUCGCCGACGAGGAGGAGGAGGAGGAGGACGGCGGCGAUGGGGAUGGGGAUGGCGAGCACAAGGCGUGCCGGGAGUGCGGGAAGCUGUUCUCAUCGUGGAGGUCGCUGUUCCGGCACAUGCGGAGCCAUGCGUCCGGCGGGAGGGAUCGCGACGAGGAGGAGGACGUGGACGUGGAAGAGGAAUUCGUUCCAGAGGAGGCGGAAGCAGAGGAAGCAGAGAUGGUAGUGACGACGGUGGAGGCGCCUGUGCUGGAGCCGGCGGCCGUGACGGCGCUGGUCGCGGCCCCUAGGCGGAGGCGCCGAUCGAUGCGCGUGGCGGCUCCGCCCCCCGCUCGGGCGCCGGUGCUGUGCGGGUUCGAGAAGGAACCGGAGGACGUCGCGCUCUGCCUCCUGAUGCUCUCGCGCGACACCGGCCUGUGGAGCUCGCCGGUCAAAGAGGAGCCCUUUGAGAGCGCGAAGAAGCGGGCGGGCCUCCCGAGAAGCGGCUACGCUCGCGAUUCCGACGACGCCUCGGCCCUGCUCCAGCACGGCGACGCCAAGAUCAUGGGCCGCGUCCCCAAGGGCAGGAAGCGAAGCUCGCCGAAGCAGCAGCGCGACGCCGUGGCGCCGAAGCGGACCCGGUACGAGUGCCCCGGGUGCGGCAAGGUGUUCAGCUCGUACCAGGCGCUCGGCGGCCACCGUGCGAGCCACAAGCGGAUCAACACCAGCUGCAGCGCCCCCAAGGCCGCCGCCGCCGCCGCAUCCCCCGCGCCGGAGCCGAGCACCGAGACGUACGCGUCGUUCAGCACCCUGUCCCCCUCGGCGUCGCCGGACUCGGUGGCCAUCGGCUUUGGCAAGCUCAAUGCUCAGGCGGCGGCCGAAGCGGCCGCGGAAAAGUUCGCUUGCCCGGUCUGCUUCAGGGUGUUCUCGUCGAGGCAGGCGCUCAGCGGGCACAAGCGGUCGCACUUGAUGCCCACCGACGGUGGCGAGCUCUACGCCGGCGAGGCGGAAGAGGACCAGGAGCAGCAUUCGGCGGCCGGGUUCCUUGAUCUCAACCUCCCGCCGGCUCCACCGGAGGCGGCAUGAAGCUCGGCCUCGCUGGCCGCUGUACUGAACCAAGCUUGAUCCGCAAAUCAAGGUGAUCAAUGGUGAGGAUAUGUACAGAUUCAAUUCAAUUCAUUUUUGGCAAGCUUCAGGGAGUCUUGGAGGAAGAUUAAGAAGAGGUCGAGUUUUCUCCCAGUCUAUUUACUUCAAAUUCUUUUAGCAUUUCUGCUCUUCAGGGUACUAGACCAAUAAGCUAUGAUGAUCUGAGCUCACAGCAGCCGAGCUGGUUCAGUUAACUGAUGCUAAGAUUAGCUCGAAAAGCAUUGCUGUUGA